AUGGCCGACCCCGAUGCGAAAGAUCGUUUCGAUCCAGAACUGAAAUAUUUGUAUGUGGACAGGAAUAAUUACAACGAUCCGGCCACCCAAGCGGAAUGGACGCAGAAGAGACUGGUGUGGGUGCCCCACGAAGCACAGGGCUUCGUUGCCGCAAGCAUAAAGGGCGAACGAGGAGAUGAAGUCGAGGUCGAAAUUCAAGAGACCGGUAAAAGAACGACCGUACCGAAGGAUGAUAUCCAAAAGAUGAAUCCUCCGAAAUUCGACAAGGUUGAGGACAUGGCCGAGCUAACCUGUUUAAAUGAGGCUUGUGUGCUGCACAAUCUCAAAGACAGGUACUACUCAGGACUCAUUUAUAGAAAGGAAUACAAAAUCAAGGAGUAUCAAUGA